CACUUGCUUCAGUCAGUUCUAUUGUUUAGCGUCGUCCGCGUCUCUCUGUGGCACGCAAAUUAAAUAACAAUUGCAGAGCAAAUUAAAAAAUACAAAGACGUAAAUUCAACUUUUGUGUGUGAAACUACACUUUAUUUUUUAUUUAAUAAUCAACAACCAGCAUUUAAGCACUAUAAACAGCUACGAUGUCCGAGUGCGCCAGCGAAGUAGCCGAACCGCAGACAGAUCAUCAUGUGCACUUUGAUGCGACGACCCUAAAGACUGACGACUUCGGCUCCGAUAGCUGUGUGACGUAUCAGCGAUCGGGCGAUACGAUUGUCGUGAGCCUGGGGUUUCUGCAGAUCAAUCAUCGAUAUCUGAUCGAUCUCAAUUUGCCAGUGACGCUGUUUGAGAACACGGGAGCACCGGGCACCAAGUUCGUGCCGGUUGUGAGCGCCACACCGAAUCUGCACUGCAAGAUCACCGAAUUUACGGGCACCAAGCACGACGAGCACGAUUUCUAUGAGAUGAAGAUCGAGUUCUUUGCCUACAAGGAGAAGCUGCUGCGCGAAGUCCUGCACAUUGUCAACUCGAACAAUGCCAAGGAGGUGCUGCAGCUGGUGAUUGCGGCGCGUGUACUGGGCAAGGGCAAGGGCACGCCCAUGCUGCGAACGGGCAUCCAUUGCAUAGGCGUCGAGCGGGACGACGAUGACUCAGAAUCGUCCGAUUUUGCGGGCUUCGAUAAGCCCUAAGCCAAUUGAUCCCACACUAAACUGGCUUUUAGUUUCUGGUUUCUUAGUUAUGUGCAGUUAUUUGCAUAGUAUUUAAGUCGACAACAAAAUAUAUAGAAAACAUAAUCAUAA